UGCGUUCAUUCGACGCGUUAACAACGUUGCGUAUACGCCUCGUCGGUAGCGUUGCAUGAGUGUUGGUUGAACCGUCGCGUCUACGUCGUACCUUGUACGUGUGUGUAUGUGAGCGAGCGUGCGUGUGCGUGUGAGGGUCUCUUUCUUUGAAAGUGAAAGCGGCGUCGCAUCAUCAUCGUCGUGAAAUGCUGUUGCCGGCGAGCCGAGAUCGCAGAAUGGACAAGUUAUGCUAAUGGCUAAGAGACUAAAACCAAAAUACUGACAAACAAAUGCAACAAAUCGGACGAGAAACGGAAUUUUAAACUACAAAUUGAAACCUCUAAGAAGAAAGAUAUAUACAAAAUGCGCUUGCAACAUCGUUAUGCCAGCAAUCCAGCCACAAAUACGACUAAUACUAACAACAACAACACCAUAAAUACCAGCAAUAACAAUAUCAACCUGAAGCGGGCCAAGAAAUUGAGUGGCCAAAACAUUAUCAAACUGCGCUCGGCCAAGCAAGCGACUUCCAAAUCAACAACAACAAUGCCGCCUGCCACCCCACAGCCAUUGCACCAUCAAAUCAUGAUGGAAAGGGAUUUGGUUUUGGAAAAGGAACCAUUGGUCUUAGCAUCUAAUAACCAGAACAAGGAUCAUGAUCAUGAUCAUGACCAUGAUAAUGAGGAGAUUGAGGAGACCACCACAACGACCACUUCUGUGGAGCUAAGAUCCUCGGCCAGUUCGCAUUAUAGAGCUUAUACCACGAUCCGCAGCAAUUCAACAUCGGCUAUACUGCACGAGGCGGUACUGCCGCCCCUCACGCCCGCCGGAAUGCUCUACGCCCGCCCACGCACUCUCAACGUCCACAAUGUCUGCCAGACGCCCGCGCAGAUAACGCAAAUGUUCUUUGGAGAAGUUCUGAAUGCAUGGCGAGCGAAGGCCAGAUGCAAUGUGGUGCCCGAUGAGCGGACGCAGGAACUCUUCCACGAGCUAAGCUUCCAUCCUAGCCAAAAGCAGAUUAGCGAAAUGCUGCAGACUGCCAAGAAGGUGGCACGCAAGGGUGGAAGUAGCCAGGCAAAUGGAUUGACCUUUGGCCAGUUUUGUGUCCUCGCAGCGGAUCUGAAACGUUUCAGAGCUUCAACAAUUACGAAUCAGUCGCCGUACUGUGAGUCUCUCUCCUUGGGUCUAAUGCUCCCGGAACUAGAUGAUCCUGCUGCCAGCUCAUCCGCCAAACAGCAGCAUCUGCAAUCGCCAGCGGCCGCCACCUCGUCACCUGCCUACAGCACCAAAAAGCCAGAUAACCAUGGAACCGAACUGAGGAGUACCAAGUCCUUUAGCAGUGUGGAUGAUACCAAAAAGAAGAAGAACGCCAGCAAUGAGCCGGUGGAGGUGUUCCUUGGCGGUUCCUGCAAUCCAACGACCUGGAGAGCUGAUGUGGCCAUACCAGCACUCAAGGAGCUGGGCAUUUCAUUCUAUAAUCCUCAAGUAUCUGAUUGGACGCCCGAUCUCAUCGAGCUCGAGCAUCGAGCUAAGGAAAAGGCCCGUGUAUUAUUCUUCGUUAUGGAUUCGGAAACACGCGCAUCUGCUGGUGCCAUCGAGGCGGCACACAUAGCGGGUCAAAACUGCAAGCAGCUGGUGUUGGUUUUGCAUCCUUACAAACCAAAUCAGAAGAUCCUCAAUGAGCCUAUUUCUCAGCAAGAAUACCUCGACCUGAAUCGCAACCAAUUGAUACUUAAGGAGCUGGUCUCCCGUCGUGGUCUGCCCGUCUUGGAUAACAUACCCUUGGGUCUGCAGCGCACUAAGGAUAUCCUGAGUGGCAUCAGGGAUCCACCGUCCAAAAUAUCUUCUAUAUUAGAUACCGUUCGCGGCGCCUUUGAUCGUGUUAACCCGCAAAGCGACCUGCUCACUGUGGAACAGUGCAAACGUGCUCUCUUAUUCCUAGGCUAUGCUCAGAGUUUAGUUAAUUUAGACAAUCUAACUAAGAUCAUAAUCAACCAACGCGAAUCGCUGAAAUUGCUCCAAACGCACAGCACAAAGGCUGUCGUUGAUGACUUGGAUUUGGAUGUGGAUGCGGAUGCCGCUGUCGAGGAUGGCAAUUGCAGCCAGCCAAUCCUGCCCAGCCAGGAGCUCAUCGACUUUGAUCUGUUCUGUGUGAUCUCCGCGUAUCUGUCCGUUCUGCAGCAGGAGAUCCACGAGAGCGGCUGCAUUUCGCCCAUUAAGGGCACCAAUGUCCCGCCACCGCAGGUUUACUUCACGAAUGCUCCCGAUGUGGAUAUCUACUACUCGGCCAGCAAGAAUAUUUCACGUACGUCAAGUAAUGCCAGUGUUCCGUCCAAUAGCAGCAGUGGCAUCGGUCAUGACCUCGAGCGGCAGAGUCUCUUUGAGCAACUGAGUCGCAGUCGGGACAGUGGAACUUCUUCACCCCAGCCCACGGCAUCGAGUAGUUUGGGCAAGAGCCCACGGCCUCAGAUCCUGCUGAAUGUGGAGUCCAUUGAGACAACGGAAAUAAUCACCACCAAAACCAUAGAGACAAAGCCAAAUCCGGUGUCCGCAUCAUCAUCUGUUGUUGUGCCUGCCGAAGAGGAGGAAAGUGAUUCCAACGACUCGGUCUUCUCCAGCAGCAGCUCCAUAGCUAGUGCCGGCGAUGCCCUUUGCUGCGGUGGUGGUUUGGAUCUCCGGGAUGUCUAUCUGGGCGGUAGCUGUGUCCUUCGCACCAAGUGGCGUCAGGAGUUGGCCGCCCCCUAUCUGCAGUCCAAAAACGUGACUUUCCAUAGCCCGGCGCUGCAUGAGAGUAUCCAGCAGAUUAUUCAGAACCAAGAACAGAAUUCGGCUGGUGCUACUCAGCAGCAGCAAACAGCUCCUCCUCAGGAGCAACAGCAGCAGCAGAGAUCCUUUGUUCGUACUCGCAGAAAGUGCCGAGGCAAUCAGCUGCAGCUGGAGGAGCAAGAAGAGCUAACAGUUGCCGAAGAGUCACUGAGCUGGUCCCUUCCACCAGUUGCCGUUCGCCAGAGUCUGUACAACCCAUCGCUCCUGGACUCCAGCCGAGUCCUACUCUUCGUCAUCACCAAUGAGACCCGGUCCUUGGCUCCCAUGACCCUGGCCGCCCACUGCAUUGGACUCAUGUACAACGUGGUGCUGGCGGUGCAGAUGCUGCCGGAAGACUGUGUCCUGGGUGGCGAGAAGCUUACUCUAGCAGCCAUCAAGGACUACAACCGCGGACGGUCGUACCUAAUUGACCUGGCCAAAAGGCAGGGUGUUCCCGUGUUCACCGACAUUCGGGCCGCCCUCGAGUGCACCGUGGCCAAGGUUCAGGCGUACAACAACCGCGACCGCUGCUAAUUCGUACCUGUAUUCAAGUUCCAGCACGUGACAAUUUAAGCUUAUGUCUAAUUCUAAGGCCUAGUGCAAUUUACGUUCUAUUCUUAAUCCCCCCAACUAACUUAAAUGGUGUCUAAUCGUAUUCGGAGAACACUCUUCUACCUAGUUAAAGCCUAUACGUAAUAUUAUAUACAGUAAACUACAUUAAACGAGUGUUAAAACCACUAAAAUGUCGUCGCCCAGAGAGCGCAUUUCAUAACCUUAUGGAGAAAGUCAUGCUUUCAGCUCCCCUCUCUCUAUAAUCGCUAUAUGCAAUUUGCUUAAUGCUAAUUUAUUAUUUAUUUAACACCCAUUCACAUGGUACAUGUGCUAAAUUAACUGUAAAUAUUCAAAAAUGUACAAUUCUAAGUGCAUAAAUUGCGAAACCAACUAAACUAAAUAUAUAUAUUUUUUAAUCUUAGUGAGCCUUCAAAUAUAAUAUAAUAAUUAACUAUGUAAAAGCCCCCAUUAUGUAUAUGUAUACCCAUAGUGACCCACUGUACCAGUUAGCUGGCAAAAAAUAUCUCAAUAAAACAAUUUUUCUAACAUAAA